CUCCAAUACUACACUAACAAACAUGUUCACCUCUGUGGCGUUGAUGUGUAUGCUGGUGGCCGUAGGUGUGGCUCUCCCAGGUGGCUACCAACCCUCAUACAACGUGCCCAUUCCUUACACCUUCAACUAUGGGGUCACCGCCGGCAACAACAACUUCGGCCAACACGAGAGUGGUGACGGACGCAACGUCAGGGGCAAGUACUAUGUGCACCUUCCCGACGGCCGAGUACAGACAGUGGGUUACCGGGCUGACGGCAGCGGCUUCCAUCCCACCGUGAGCUACCAAGGCACCGCUAGUCAUCCCGGCCAUGGUUAUGGCUACCACUAACAACAACCAUCGCCAGGCAUUAAGCAACUCUUUUCUUUGGUUCAUUGGACACACUCUUGUGAAUAAUUCACCAUCUACUUUUCAUGACUGCGUUUACAAUAUACUGUACCAGUACACACAUGACACUUCGUCAUAAAACUAAAAUGUAUUUUGUGGUUCAAGUAUGGUUGAACAGGCCAGACGAGCUUCCCCCCCUCCCUGUCUUCCUGUACAGUCACACCCACACCCUCCUGCACCAGGUCUUUACUUUGUAUAUUA